CAUCUUUCGGCUUCUAAUGGAGAAAAUUAGCAAAGGAUUCUGAUUUGUAGAAGAAAAUGGCAACAGCAAGAGGAGGAGGUGGAGUAGGUGGAAAUGUAAUGGGAACAAGUAGCAGAGAAGGCACAGCAAAAUCAAUAGUGACUGAACAGAUUUCCCAGGCUGUACAAUCCACUUCCAAUCUCCUCCAUCUCAUGCAACAAUCUUCUCCUUCUCAGACCCAACUAAUGAAGCUUCCCAAAAAUCUUUUGGCCAAAACCCCGACUAUCAAGAAUACAGGACAGAUGUUAGAGCUGAUGCCUAGAGCUAUUUCAUCGCUUGAUGCCCAUAUUGACAGUGGAUUACAAAGCGCUCCGCAUCUGAAAACUGUAAUUCAGUUACUUGAAAAUAUGGAAAGCUGCCAGCUUUCUUCUCUGUCGCAAGCACAUCUCUCACAAGGGGAAUCUCAGCAAGCAAGUCAAGAUGCCGACGAUGGUUCAACCCCCUAAGUACCUAUGUUUCUAGCCAUGCUACUUGUGUCUCAGCCAUUAGUUUCGUUAGUCAUGUCAAACCUUCUUGAUCAUAGCUGAAGAAGAUUUUAAGUUGUAACUUUUGUCAACCGAUUCAGAGCAGUUUCCAGAUACAUUAAAUACAAUAACAUGACUAGAGGAUAUGUUCCAUGUACAUCAAAUGUCAUAAUAUUCCUCAUGUUGCUGUCUGUAUACAUUGCAUAUGGUACAGAAUGAUUGCUAUAUUGCUUUCUCCAGAGCAUUGGAAACACGUUUCUGUUUCUACCUUGUAAGGAUGGCUACAUAUUUUUAGGGGAAAUGAAGUGUCUCAUCAUUCUUUCCGGUUA